AUGAACAGAAGCAAAAUAUUGGAAUUCAUUAAGGAAAAUGACGUCACAACAGAGAAGAUGAUAUUCAAACACUUUCCAGGACUAACCAAAGUUGAUUUAUCUGUCAUAUUGGAUGAAUUGAUCAACAUGGAGCAAGUUGAAGUAAAUCAAGUUGGGUCUAUCUUCCACUACAGCAUCAAGGAGAGUGGGAAGAUCGAUCAAGAGGGAUUGGUCAUAGAGGCAGUCAAGGGAGCUGGAACAAAGGGCAUCUGGAUGCGUGACAUCAGAACUAAGACGAAUAUUCCACACAAUUACCUUCUGAAGAUUCUGAAGAAACUGGAACAAACACAGACAAUAAAAAGCAUCAAAUCAGUAAACAGCAACAAGAAGACGUACAUUUUGUACGGAUUGGAGCCAGAUGAAGAAGUCACAGGCGGAAUAUGGUUCAACAACAAUGACGUGGAUCUUGAGUUUGUGAACAACCUGAUGGAAAUAAUCUACAAAUUUGUGUUACAGAGGCAGAAUCGCUACGUUGAGCUAUGUGGCGUGGCUGAGUUGCCUACGAUCUUAGAAGUGCAGAAUUUCCUGAUUGAACACAAAAUUCUCGAAAUCAAAAUAACCCAGGAUGAAAUUGAGACAUUGUUGGAUACGCUCGUCUACGAUGGAAGACUUGAGAAACUCACCCACAAAUGUAUAACACAUUAUUAUGCAUUACAACCGAUUACAAAAAGUGAUUGA